AUGGAUGAAAUAUUAAUGUCUUAGCGAAUGGGACCAUCUGCACUGACUCAAUAGUUAACUUCUAAGUAAGAGUCGCCGUGCAAUCUAAUGCAAGAGGAGGACUAUCAAGUAUAAAGCUAAAGAAAUAUCAGCGAGAACAAGAGCAUAGAUAUGAAUAUGUCUAGGUUUGAAAGUAAAGUAAUAAAAUAAAGUUAUUAAAGACCGAGUUUAAGAAACAUGCAUUAUUCUUAACAAAUAGAGCCUCAAGAACAAUUUAACCAUAGAAAUAAUCACAUUUUUUGUAAAGCUUCAAAUUGUAAUAACAUGUUCAUCGAUUCAUUAAUAAUUUAUUUACAAAUUCUUAUAUUCUUAGAAAUACUUACAAGUAAAAAAUUACGGAUAAGCUACUUGAAUAAUAAUUUAUUUCUUAGCAUAAGAAAAAGGGUAAUAUAAUUUUAAAUAAUCAAGAUUAUGAGAACGAUUCAGUUAUUCCAAUAUUCUUGCCAUCUACAAAUUCAAUAAUUUUAUGGGACAUUCUUGGAUUUUUAUGUAAUCUAAUGAUGCUUUGGUUCACUCCAUUCCUUGGAUCAUUUGAUAAUUACUACAAUGAAGCAAUAUCAGUGCUACAAUAAAUUAUAUUAAUAUAUCUAAUUUUUGACUUUUUAGCAUAAUUCAAUAGAGGAGUAUUUGUAUCAGCAGUUUUGAUAACAAAUAGGAAGAAGAUCAUUAAUUAAUAUAUAAAAUCAAAUGCUUUGACAGAUUUCUUAAGAUUAUUUAUAUGGGCUGAUCUGAAAUAUUAAUUAUUAUCUAAUUUUUGGUUUGAGAUCAUAAUAGUGCUACAAAUAAUAUUGAUAUAUUAGAGGCUACUUAGAUAUUUAUAAGAAUAUUAUUAUCAAUGUAUCUAUUCAAAGGGAGGAUAAAACUUUGUAUUAGAUUUAGUUCAGUUGAUCAUUCAAAUUUAUUAUUUUGCACAUAUCAUAGCAUGUAUAUGGCAUUACGUUGGUGAAAAUACCUACUAUUUGCAGAAUUCUUGGAUUAUAUAAAACUAAUUAAACGACGAAACAGUUUGGCAUCGAUAUAAUUCAGCUUUUUAUUGGGCAACUAUGACAAUGACAACUGUAGGCUAUGGAGAUUUCUCAGCCUAAAACUAAGUUGAAAUGAUUGUCUCUUCUUUAAUAAUGUUCUUUUCUAGUUAUGCUUUUGCUUAUACAAUGAGUUCGAUUGGCAUAAUCCUAAAAAAUGUUUAUGAUACUAAACUAACUUAUAAGUAUGAAUACCAGUAUAAUUAGAAAGAACCUAAUUUAAAUGAUUUAAUAUAUGAGUAAGAACUAAGUUGAUGAAUCUACUUAAGGAAGAAUAAGGAAUUACUUAAGAUUCUAAUAAGCUCAAGAAAAGAAAGAGAAUUAGGAUGAAAUUAAAAACCUUAUCAACCAAUUACCUAAGAAUUUAUAAUAAGAUUUAAAUUCAGACAUUUAAUCUAGAGUAAUUAGAAAGAUGAACUUGAUUAUAAAUCAUUUCUCAAAGUUUACAUAAUAAUAGGUUGCUAAAAACCUAGAAUUGAUCUAAUUUAUUCCUGGAGAUAUUAUAUAUAAAUAAGGUGGUCAACAUGAAGAUAAUUUGUAAUUUUGUAAUUAAUUUUUAAGAUAUUUUUUAUCAACUGGAGAUGCUAUCUUGAAAGAAAUUCAAACUGACUAAAAACUCAGAUCUGUCAAAUCUUCACAAUACUUGGGUUAUUAUUGUCUUUUUACUGGAUUUCCUCCUAAAGAAACAGCAAUUUGUCAAAGUCCAAGUGAACUAUAUAAAAUUAGUAGAAGGAAAUUUCUGGAUAUCGUUCGUCAAAACCAAAAGGAUUUUGAAAUCUUUCAUCACAUCAAGGAGAAGUUGAUUUUUUCAACAAAUUAUGUCCUUUUUGAUCAUAAAUGUAACUUUUGCAAUCGAUAUAUUCAUCAAGAAAUUGAUUGUCCUUUGAUUUAAUAUAAACCUGAUCUAGAAGCUAUUUUGAAGAAAUAAGAUUUUAAAUAAAUUCUAAAUCAUAGGAGAUCAAUUAUUAGAACAAAGAGAAAACAUCAUGCAUUAGCAUAACAUCAACCUAUUGAACAAUAAUUGAAAUUAUUUCAGUAAGACAAUCAAUUUUGUGAUGAUACAGAUUCUGAAUAGGAUGGUAAAUUGAGAUAGGAAAAAUCAUUUUUUUCUGAUCAAUAAAAAGGCUCAUUAUAAUUAUUAGUAACCGAAGAGGAUGGUCUCAUUGAAAAUUCUUCAUCUAGAUAGAAUUAAAAAAGAAUAUCAUAACAUUAUGGCCCAUUAAAAUUAUAAAACAGUAUCUUGCAUUAUUAAUCUAGUGUCAUCAUUUUCAAAGUAGCAAAUAGGAUAAGUUGAAUAGAAAACUUCAUUAAGAAGAACAUAUCUCUAAAAUGAAGAGUAGAUUUUAAUCAAAAGCUAAAGUAUGAUUCAGGAAGUGCAAUUGUUAUUAUAAAAAUAAUGUAAAUCCUCUUUCAUUUUGGACAAAGUAGGCACUGCAUUUCAAAGUUAUAUGCCUCAAUAUACAAUUGAAUCAUAGAUAAGAGAAUUAUAAAAAGGAUAGAAAAAAAGACAACAAAAAAGAUUUUGGAAAGAUGAUGAAAAAAAACUGAAUAAAUACACAUUUUCUAAUACUGUUAAAUUAUUGGCUCUAAAAAUACUUAAUUAAGGCAGAAAGGGGGUAAGCAAACUAUGA